CGGAAGGUCGCGCGCCGCUUCCGCGCCCGUCUCAGGUCUCCCUCCUUUCCCCCCCCCGCGACGAUACCUGUGGGGGCGGGGCUGAGUAUGCAGAUAUCCCGCCGCGGGGCGGGGCCGACGAUGCUAAUUAAAGCCUCCAGGCAGCGCGUCCAGGUGAGCGCCUGGGUGGAGGCCACGCAGAGCUAGCAGCAGCUGUGAAGAUUUCUCCGUGCGUCUUUGGAGGACCGAAUAACCGUCAGCAUGAUGUUCGUCCAACGGCAAUUAGCCCUUCAGUGGCAAAGAAUGACUUUGACCUGGUGGAGGCUGUGUGGCUCCCGGCACAGUAGCAGCAAUGGAGCUGGGCCUCACUUGAUGCCCCUGCCAACACAAGCACAAGUGGUUAUCUGUGGUGGUGGAAUUAUGGGCACCUCAGUGGCCUAUCAUCUCUCCAAGCUAGGGUGGAAGGACAUUGUCUUACUGGAGCAGGGCAGGCUGGCGGCCGGUUCCACUCGGUUCUGCGCAGGCAUCGUAAGCACAGUGCACCAUUUGUCCAUCGAGCUAAAGAUGGCCCAUUACUCCAGGAAGCUCUACCAGCAGCUUAAGCAAGAGACUGGUGUGGAAACUGGUUACGUGAAGACGGGCUCCAUCUCACUAGCUCAGACUCAAGACCGGCUGAUCUCGCUGAAGCGCAUAGCCUCGCGACUCAAAAUCAUGGGCAUUCCCUGCGAGCUUAUCCCGCCAAAGAGGGUGGCCCAGCUCCACCCCUUUAUCAACAUCCACGACCUGGUGGGGGCCCUGCAUGUGCCCGAGGACGCCGUCAUAUCAUCUGCUGACGUGACCCUCGCUUUGGCCAGUGCUGCUGCAGCGAACGGGGUUCAAAUCCACGAACGAACCAGUGUCAUCCACGUCCUGGGCCAGAAGGGCUGCGUAACUGGAGUGGAGACGGACAGAGGGAUGAUUGAGUGCUCCUACUUCGUCAACUGUGCUGGGCAGUUUCAUCUGGCCCUGAUCUACGAUUUAAAAGUUCCCCGCUGGGAUUUCCAGACCGGCCGGCAACUCCGCACGUCUCCCCUUUACGACCGGCUGGACGCCCAAGGAGCGAGAUGGAUGGAGAAGCAUGGCUUUGAGAGGGCAAAAUUCUUUGUCCCUCCAGGGAAAGAUUUGCUGGCUCUGGAUCAGAGCAAGACGUUUUACAAGCCGGAUUGGUUUGACAUUGUGGGGGCAGAGGUCAAAUGCUGCAAAGAGGCUGUGUGUGUCAUUGACAUGUCCUCGUUCACCAAGUUCGAGAUAAGUUCCACGGGAGGACAAGCUUUGGAAGUUCUGCAGUACCUCUUCUCCAACGACCUGGAUGUGCCAGUUGGGCAUAUUGUGCAUACAGGGAUGCUCAAUCACAACGGAGGGUAUGAGAAUGACUGCAGCAUAGCCCGUCUGAACAAACGCAGCUUCUUCAUGAUUUCCCCCACAGACCAGCAGGUUCACUGCUGGGCCUGGUUGAAGAAGCACAUGCCUGAAGACAGCAACCUCUUCUUGGAAGAUGUUACCUGGAAAUACACAGCCUUGAAUCUGAUUGGCCCACGUGCCAUGGAUGUCCUGUCAGAGCUCUCAUAUGCGCCAAUGACCCCGGAACACUUCCCUUCCCUCUUUUGUAAGGAAAUGAGUGUUGGCUAUGCCAAUGGCAUCCGGGUCAUGAGUAUGACACACACGGGAGAGCCUGGCUUCAUGCUUUACAUCCCCAUUGAGUAUGCCCUCCACGUGUACAACGAGGUGAUGAACGUGGGGCAGAAGUAUGGGAUCCGGAACUCUGGCUAUUACGCCCUCCGCAGCUUGCGCAUUGAGAAGUUUUUUGCCUUCUGGGGACAAGACCUGGAUGCUUUCACCACCCCGAUGGAAUGCGGGCGAGAAUUCCGGGUGAAGCUGGAGAAGGGCAUGGAUUUCAUCGGGAGGGACGCGCUGAUGGCUCAGAAGCAGGAAGGGGUCUACAAGCGCUUCACCAUGUUCAUCCUGGAAGACCAUAACACCGACCUGGAUUUGUGGCCCUGGUGGGGGGAGCCCAUCUAUCGCAAUGGCUGCUACGUGGGCAAGACCACCAGCAGCGCUUACAGUUACACACUGGAGCGUCACGUCUGCCUGGGCUUUGUCCAGAACCUGGAUCCCGAGACCGGCGAGGAGCAGCUGGUCACCCCAGACUUUGUCAACCGGGGAGAAUAUGAGAUCGACAUUGCCGGGCAGCGCUUCCAAGCCAAGGCCAAGCUGUACCCCUUCAGCUCCCUCUUCACCUCCCGCCGGCGCAAAGACGAGAUGGAGUUCAGCGGCUUCCAGGGCAAAUAACUCCAGAAAGCGCCAGACUUUUCCCACGUUGCCCUUUGGACUUCUUAAGACUUCCUGGUCUGUUACAUUUUGUAUAUUUUGAACCCUUUUCCCUCCUCCUUUCCCCAAAAUGAUCCUGCAGCUGCCCCCAAUCUGAAGGGGUAUUUAUGACGGGGAGGUGCGACCCUCUGUCUCCAGAGCAAGCAGAGGAGGCUUCCCUGGUCCCUCAGCCCGCAUGGAGAGUUCAAGGUCUUGGGAACUUGGUGGGACCUCUUGGGAUCUGGAGAGGCCUGCAUUUUGAGACCCGCUGCUCGCUUUAGGGCACCUGCUCACAGUGAGGUUUGCUCACAUGGAAACAUCCUGGUCCUGUCCCUUCCAGCCAACCUUCCAAGGGGUCGAUAGAAACGACAAGAGGAUUAUCCCAUCCUUACCGCCACUGUAGGAGACGGUGCGUCCUGCUAGCAGGAGGAUCUUAGUAGUUCUUGGCGUGCGUCUGCAUCGAUCUGUGGGACCACGGAAGUCCCUCGGAGAGCAGCUGCCCGAUGUUACUCAUCUCCUCCCAGCAGAUCCCUCUUCGGGAUCUUAUUUCAUGGGAGCUGCUUUGGGUUCUUCUGCCUCUCACGUCGUUGUCCUGUCUUGGUCAUCUCCAUCUUGGGAGCCCUUCAGGAUUUCGGCUCCCAGGAUUCUCAGGCACAGGCCUGGGAGAUAAUGAGCCCCUGCAAGGCCGCCGGGCUGAAGGAGGCCAUUUCCUCGCAUUAUCUGCGGCUCGUGGAAUAGACAGGGGUGGGAGUGGGGAAGCCAUUGGUGGCAGAGGGGGUCGAGACUUUGGGGUAAGCUGCUCGCUCUGUAAUUGUUAAGGCCGAUCCGACGUGCCGCUUGCCUUGGGAAUCUAACCAUUGUGCCCCUCGUCCCCCCCAUCUAAACUCUGUAUUUGGCCAACAGUGACCCCAGCACGGCAGCCCCAACCAUAGUGAUCCUCUCAUCAGCCUGAGGUGGGGCAAUCAACCCCCCCCCUCAACCUGGAGACUCCCUUCCCUGUCCGUUUUUUUGGAGCUCCAAAGGGAUGAGAGCUGCAAGAUUCUGCCACAAACCAAAAAAAGGCCACAGCAGUUCUACAUUUUGCUUGGCAGGAAGUGAAGAUAAGCAGCGUCGAAGUCCUCUUUUGUGGUGCUGCUGCUGGCAGGUUUUAACACUUCGCCUCUUCUUCUCCCAUCCUGGCCACCCUCGGGCAGGGAAUUCUUGGCCAAGAAGACUGGCUCUUUUGGACCCCUAGCCUUGCCUCUUCCCUCCCCAAGAGAAUUUAACGCCGUGCUUCCCUUGGUAGGUCGUCUUCCCUCCCAUCCAGCUCGCUCGCUCUACACUGCCUCUUUUAGCCUCCCUCUGGAUGAAGGCUGGGAAGGAGACCGCGGUUCUGUUCCAAAGGCCUCUGGAUUGGCUGCCGGAGACGUUUUGAUGGGCUCUUCUUCUUCUUGCCCUUCCUUUGGUCUACCUGGGGCCUCUCUCCUCUGCCAGCCAAGGUGUGUGUAGCAGCUGCACCUCCUAACUUGCCCGUUUCCCCAACCUGGGAUGAGCAGUAGGGAAGAGUGUUUCCCAAACAGAUCUGUUUGCAACAAAAAAAAUUCCCUUUAGAGGAGCAGCGACUUUGUCUCAUCGCGAGAGUCUGCUCAGGCUGCAGACUCCAGGGUGGCUUUUUCAGGCUCCCACAGACAAGGGCGUUUUGGAAGCGGCACUGACCGAAGCCCAGCAGGGGCUGCUGGGAAUAGCUCAGGGGCUGCCUCCGAGACCCCCGUCCUCUCAGGCUGGUUAGGCUGCAAGUGCCCUGAAGGGUGGCCUGGUCUGCUUGGGAAGAGGGGGCCGAACAGCCGGACAGUCCCCUGCUGGUUGAAAACCUGGGAGAAGACGAGGCAGAAGGGUAAAAGAAGCCUCUGGGGACAGCCAGCCUCCCCUAGUUGGUGCCGCUCGGGUUGGUUUGCGCUAUAGUUCCCAUCACCUAUCCCUGUUUUUUGCCUCUCGAAGCUCUUCCCCCCUUGUCCUUGUGCCAAGGAGAUCUGCUCCUUCCCUGCCUUCCUGCAAAAGUUUUGAGUGAGGACCUUCCAAGCUGCUUCUCCAGGUGUGUUUGUCCGGGUUCAGGUUCUCUUUCCAGAACCUCUUCCGUGCGAUUCUGGAGUUUCUUUGCCUUCUGGCCAAUCUGCCCCUGCCUUUGGGAGAAAAGCUUGAGGGGGGCUCCUGCCCACAGGAAGCCCAAGUCCUCUGCUGCCCUCCUUCCCUUGCAGCCUCUUGGCCGGUCUCCGAUGCACUUUACGAAUGCCCUUCCGCUCUGGAUCGUUGGUUUCUUUCUAGAAUUCACCUCCCAAAUCGACGGGAGGGGAAAGAUCAUUGUUGUUUAAUCCGUCGCGAUCACUUGCGAAAACCGAAACGCUUCCCUGGGCAGCGACUCCCACGGGGCCUGAAGCUGAGGAUGCCACCACUGCUGCUCCUCUUUGGGGUGCCUUAACGCUCGCAGUGUGACCCCGGAGGGGGGCUUAGCUCGGCCUUGCCCUCUGCCCCGUCUCAGCCCGUGUAGUGCCUAAAAAUCUUGGGGCUCAUCAAGACACCGCGGCUGAGACACACAACACCUUCCUGGCUUUGCUCUUUGGCAGUCUUCACUGGGGAAAUCUGCUUGUCUGAAGCCCCCCAGGUCAGGGGUCUCCAACCUUGGCCACUCGAAGACUUGUUGGACUUCAACUCCUAGAA